CACACAAUGGAGAUCUAUUUCUGUAAAGCACCGGGGUUAUCUCUCCACUUACUGGGAGCUCUCUCUCCCUCCAUCUCUUUAUCUACCCACUGGUACAAAUCAUGGCCGACAGAAACAGCCGGUUGAGCGUUAAGAAGAAAGAGAAGAAGGUAGAAAACAAAACAAACGAGGAGAAAGAGAAAGAAAAAGGAAAGGAGAAAAGUGUGAAAAAGCCUGAGAAAGUUGUGAAGAAGCCGGAAGCAACGGCUAAGGCGGAUGAAGAGAAGAGGAAUGGGGAAAGUGAAGAGGCAGCAGGAGCCGAAGCAAAGAGCAGUGAAGAGAACGGAGAGUUUCAGCCCAUUGAACUGCCUCCAUUUGAGAUUGUCACAGGGUGAGUGAGAUUUUCUUUAUUCCCUGUGAGUGUUAGAGCCAGUGUGUCACUCUUAAAAACUCUUCUUGAAAGUCUUGAAUCUGUUUUAAUGUCUUUCUCAGAGUACAGUUCUGUGUAAUGUGUUGUUGAUUUAGUCAGUAAGAAUACGAAUGACUUGCACCUGCUGUCCUUACAAACCCAGCGGUAAGUAUAGGGAUGAGUCACAGAGACACAGAUGCUGUCCACUGUCAUAUCGCUACACCUAGUGUCUGUCCCCCAGCUUGUAUUAGUUUGAUAUCACUACAGAGAGAAAUGUUUGCACAAUCCAUCUGUCUGUUCAUGUGUAAUAGAAAUGGAUUGAUAAAAAAAAGAUAGUGGGUGAGGAGCCUGGCACAUCCACAGACUGUGAAAGACAGAAAUAUUCAUAGAAUCAUGAGCUUUUGAAGAGUUGGCCUUCUCAAUAUUUUAUCCACUGUAUCUCGACAGUAUCAUUACUCUUAACUGUGUCUUGGCUGGUUUACAAAAUCAUCCCAAAAUAAGUGACUCAUGCUCUGUGUUGGGAUUGGAAGUAUGUGCCUUUUUACCUACAUUGUCACUUCCAGUCAAACUUAGAUUAAAGGUGACAGAUUGCUUCAAAAGGAUGUUUGAUGGAUGUGUCAUGCUGAUUGUUUAGUCACUGUUUAUACUCCUCUAACCUCUAAGCAUCUAACAAGCUAAACUGAUCACCAGAGUUUGUGCCAUUAAACCUAAAGUGCAGGCAUGCCUGUUUUGGAUUUAUGGAGACUCUCACUUUUAUUCCCCCAUCAGGGAACAGAUGAGCCCGUUCUACUUCAAGUUUCAGUUCAGGAACGUUGAGUACUCAUCAGGGAGGAACAAGACCCUGCUGUGCUUUAGAGUGGAUACACCAGGAGGCAGCACUGAGCCUCUCAAAGGUUAUAUGGAGGAUGAACAUGCCACAGCUCAUGCUGAAGAGGCCUUCUUUCAACAAGUAAUUAGCUCCUUCUGCUUUUUUUCUUACAGUACUAUCAGGCUACACAUAUUUAAUUCCACAGGCAGUUUCACAAUUAAGUAUUUUCCUGCUCUUUUGUCCCUUUGUGUGCCAAGCAGUCAGACUCUCUAUGACCAAUUAUUAUUGUUAAUGCACAUAUUCUCAUGUUUAUUUAUUUAUAUGUGUUGGUACAGACAGACAUUAAACAACACAUAUGUAAACAUAUGUUUAAUCUACAGAAUAACAUCCAAAUCCCAUUAAUUCCCAAUACCUAGUUAAAAUCAAGUCAUAAAUUAAAGACAACCAUCAAAGAUGUAGCUUCUCUGGUUUGGUCAAAUGUGGCCCCCCAUGUAUAGAGGCUUGAAGAGUGGAUGGCUUAAGCAGCCUGUGGCCCUUAAUCUUGCUGUUUUGUCAUUUCACAUCAUUUCUCCCCAGUUUCCACCUCUUUCUAGUCUUGUGAAAUAAAGUGUGAAGAAGACCCAAAAUUAACCCUAAAAAAAGAGGAAGUUUUUGAGCUGCACGCUUUCAACCAUAUAUUAAUUUACGAGAAAAUCAGUAAUAAUUUACAUGAAGAUUUUGUUGUUUGCUUUAUGUGAUGCAGAUAGAAAGUAUAUAAAGUUUUUUUAGCAGUCAUUCUGUUUUCUUUGAUAUUCUUGAUUAUAAAAAAACAGUAAAAUGCUACACCUGGUAAGUAUUUGAAACAGUUGGUGCAAUUUUCUUUGCACCCAAUUUAUCUGUAUCACAGAUAACACAGGGUUACAUUGUGCUGUCAAACAAUUAAUCAUUAUUUAUUUGUCAUUGGUUUAAAAUAUUACAUUAGGUUCAGAUUAAUUAUGCAAAGAUAAGCACCAAGAAGCAGGAAGGUGGUGCAGCAGCUUAACUAUGGUGUGCCCAAAGGGACAAAUAUCAUGUGAUUAAAAAGCAAAUAGACAAAGGAAUUGACCCUAGUUGCAUCGGGUCUCAUGCAUUGAUGUUAAAGGGAUAUUCUGGUGUAAAUUUAAGUUAAUGUCAAACACACCGCAACACUGAGUUAAACACCCUCUUGAGAGAUGAAUGUUGCCGACCGCUUGCUUCUUUAGUUAUACCAACUUUAGUAACGACCGCAGCUAUACAGAGAGCCAUGCUCUCAACCAAAACGCCACUCUAUAGCCAAAAAUAAUGCUCAGAACAGCACCUAACUUCAUCAACAGGACAUAUAGGGUCCCUGCCAUAGUACUAGCCACCAAACAUCUUUUUAGCUUUGCCUGAUUUCUUCAGCAAAGAGACUAAACACAACUCACCUACUCUCCUCCAGCAGCUGCUGGUUUGUAUGAAGACCUCCGGGUGAGUCCAUCAACUGCAGCGGGGGGACACAGCUCAAGGAAGAACAUUUCUGAUCAUUACUUUAUCAUUUCCUUUAAGUAAUUAUCAUCAUAUUGAUCAUUUUGCACUGCAGACGUGGUAAUUAUUCUGCCUUAGCAUCUCGGUCUAAUUGCACUUCCAUUAGAAAAUAAUCAUAAAUGUUCUUCCUUGAGCUGUGUCCCCCCGCUGCAGUUGAUGGACUCGCCCUUGUGUCUGUACAAACAAGUGGCUGCUGGAAGAGAGAGGGUGAGUUGUGUUUAGUCUCUUUGCUAAAGAAAUCAGGCAAAGCUAAAAAGAUGUUUGGUGACUAGUGUUGUGGCUGGGACCCUAUAUGUACUUUUGAUGAAGUGAGGUGCUGUUCUGAGCAUUAUUUUUAGCUAUAGAGUGGUUUUAUGGUUGAGCGCAUGGCUCUCUGUAUUGCCAUCUGCGGUCGUAAAGUUGACAUAACUAAAGAAGCAAGCGGUCAGGAACAUUCAUCUCUCGACGGGGUGUCUAACUCAAUGUUACGAUGUGUUUGACCCUAGCUUAAUUUUACACCAGAAUAUCUCUCAACACCCCAGAUUUCUUUAUUAGUAGAAGUAUCACCAUUGCUGAUAAUAACUUUGUACUAUUGUUUGCAUUUCUAUUUUUUACGUAAUCUCUAGUAGGCUACCAUACUCUGACUUUUUAUCCUCUCAGUUUGCACAAAUUCAACGUUUUCCUUUUCCAGGUGCUCCCCAACCCUUCCCAGGAGUAUGAAGUCACAUGGUAUGUGUCAUCCAGUCCCUGUGUGUCCUGUGCUACAAAGGUGGCCAACAUCCUCAAGCAGCGCAAAAAGCUCCGUCUCUGCAUAUUUUGCUCCCGUCUCUUUGAGUGGGAGGAGCCGGAGAUAGUGGAGGGGCUCCGAGCUCUGGUGAAUGCAGGCUGCAAACUGCGGAUGAUGAAGCCGUCUGAUUUCCAGCAUGUUUGGGAAACAUACGUGGAGAAGGAGGACGAGAGCUUUGCACCCUGGGAGGAUUGUCAGGAUAACUACAACUACUAUGUGGAGAAACUGGCUGAUAUCCUUAAGUAGAGGUGCUUCAGUGAGUAUACUUUUGUUGAAUUAAUGAAAACUUUCAAAUUGAAUUUGUUUUGGGGGUUAUGACUGACAUUCCUCCGUAUUUUCUCUUCUUCUCCUUGUGUCUUCCAACAGGCAGACAGGUGGUUGAACGUGUGCUUCAGUCAAAUCUGAUGGUGCAAAUCAAUAGUAAUUUGAAUAAUCACUCAUUAUUUUAUAUUUUUUAUUUUGAUAAUUUCAUGAGGAGUCACUAAAUGCUUGAAUACCAUUUCUGUAGCUGUGCUAUCACACAAGAAGCAAACGGUCAGUGAGCUUUGGUGGAAACUAACUUCUAUCUACUGACAUCUGGUGUUUGUAACAAGAAUUAAAAUAUUAACCAGACGUUCAAUGUUCUUCUUCAUAUAAACACAUAUUUACAGUGCAUACAGUACUUCAAAACUAACUAUCAGCUAACUAAUAUCAAUGUUUUUUGUAUAAAUAAUCUUCUACGUUCCAACUUCACCUUGAACAGAUGGUUUAUCAAUAAAAAUGUGAAUAAAAUAUGUACAACAUUCA